AUGAGUGUCAAUCGUAUUAACAAAAUCCUGCUCUGUUCCAAAGUUGAGCUUAAGUCGAUUGGAAAGGUGGAAUUCUAUGCGAGCGCGUCCAAUCGGGUCGUGAGCGACUUCCGAGCCUUCUUCCUGCCCAUGCUCAAGUACAACAAUUUUAGCGUGGAGUUCUCCUUCCACCCCGCGGAUGGAAAAGACGAGAAGGUGGUCCUAUGGCCAAGAAACCAAGACACGCACACCCUGAACUUGGGGCUGUACAGGUACAGCCAGCUGCUGUACGACCGCAUGGUUUUUCUGGACCGGAAGUUCUCGGAGUAG